AUCUAGGCAACAGACGACGCUGAGAAGAUCAAGAGAUUUUUAGAAAUGGAGGAAAACAGGACUUUUGAAAAGCCUUAUAAUCAGACAGCAUCGCAACCUGGAUGGAAAAUUGAGAAGAGAUUUAAUCCUGAUGUUUUGAUAGGAAAUUGGUAUGAAGAACGUCGUCAAUUCGAAAGUAAAAAUUUCAACCAUCGAUCAACGCAUCAGACGGAUUUUAAAGCAUAUAAAGACGCUAAACCGGACGUUGUUGUUCGUCGAAAAGCUCAAAUCAAUAACACAGGCUUGGACAGGAAAUUUCUCUUCGAUCAUCACAACGGAAGAUAUGAAAAGAACACACUGAUUACUUGGUACGAUGAGCAUUAUAAUAAGAGGGAAAGACCUGCAGAACAGAAAUUUCCUCCACUAAGAAGAUGGGAUAGUUCUACUAUUGCUUGGUUGCCGGAAAAGUCAGAUCAUCCAAUCAUGGCUGAGCCAACCAAUUGGGGUUUGAAGGAAUCUAGAAUGAGAAAUUCGACAGCAUUUUCCGAUAGCUACUGCAUGGAUGAUCGGUUCGAUACUAACUAUCGUAUUUCUUAUAAUCCACUACCUCGCGAAGCCUAUUCAAUGACCAGAUAUUCUGCUCCAAGAGAACAGUCAACCAACCUAAUUCCGUUUAACAAAAUGGCUAAAAAUUUUACUUUAAGAGAUGGUAAAAGAUUACUAAGAAUGAGGGAACCUCUUCUAACUCCUGCUCACGCCAAACCAGUUAUUACACCACCGAAUAAUUGCCCAGUUGCUCCGGACUGUUGUCCAGUUUCUUUUUGACCGAAAAAACCUCCUUAAGUUUUUCGCAGUAUUAUUUUUUUUUUAAUUUUUUUUUUUUUG